ACAGCUUAACGUGCGCUAGAUAUAGGCAUCAUGGCGACUGCUGUGGCUCGACGACAAAUUCCUCGCUCAUCUUCUGCGCAAAAGAAGGUGAAACGUCGUGUACAGGAAGAAGAUGAGAUGGAAGUCGAGGAAUCUCGCGGCACGGGUAUUGAGCAGUACUACGUUACGAAGAUCGAGGAGCUACAGUUGGUAGUGUCUGAGAAGGCACAGGAUUUGAGGCGAUUGGAGGCGCAGAGAAAUGAUUUGAACGCGAAAGUUCGAAUGUUGAGAGAAGAGCUGCAGUUGCUUCAAGAGCAAGGAUCACACGUCGCUGAAGUCGUGAAGCCAAUGGACAAGAAAAAGAUAUUAGUGAAGGUUCAACCUGAAGGAAAGUUUGUGGUCGACCUUGACAAGAACAUUGAUAUCAGUGAGGUGACUGCUGGAAGCAGAGUGGCAUUGAGAAACGACAGUUACGUUCUUCACAAGAUAUUGCCCAGCAAAGUUGAUCCUCUUGUGAGUCUGAUGAUGGUCGAGAAAGUUCCUGAUUCAACAUACGAGAUGGUUGGUGGGCUGGACAAACAGAUUAGAGAAAUCAAGGAGGUUAUAGAGUUACCAGUGAAGCAUCCAGAGCUGUUUGAUGCUCUUGGAAUUGAGCAGCCAAAAGGAGUGUUGCUGUAUGGUCCUCCAGGCACUGGAAAGACAUUGUUGGCGAGAGCCGUAGCUCAUCACACAGAAUGCACAUUCAUUCGAGUGUCAGGAUCAGAACUUGUUCAGAAAUACAUUGGAGAAGGUUCUCGUAUGGUUCGUGAGCUAUUCGUUAUGGCACGAGAACAUGCGCCUUCAAUCAUAUUCAUGGACGAGAUCGAUUCUAUCGGUUCGUCUCGAAGCGCCGGCCCAACAGGUGACAGCGAAGUACAACGGACCAUGUUGGAGCUUCUCAAUCAGUUGGAUGGUUUCGAGGCGACCAAGAACAUCAAAGUUGUUAUGGCAACCAAUAGGAUAGACAUUUUAGAUCAGGCUCUAUUACGACCAGGGAGGAUAGACAGAAAGAUUGAAUUUCCUGCACCAAACGAAGAGGCUCGGUUGGAUAUUCUCAAGAUUCAUUCUAGAAGAAUGAAUUUGACACGAGGAAUCAAUUUGAGGAAGGUUGCAGAGGCGAUGCCGGGUGCUUCGGGAGCUGAGAUUAAGGGUGUGUGCACUGAGGCUGGAAUGUAUGCUCUAAGAGAGCGACGUGUCCACGUGACACAAGAAGAUUUUGAAAUGGCAGUAGGCAAGGUAAUGCAGAAAGACUCCGAGAAGAACAUGUCGAUCAAGAAAUUGUGGAAAUAGUGAUUGUUAGCACUUGUUGAUUGGCUGUUAGAUAUGUUACAAUGUACUGUAGCAAUCAGAACAAUUGUUAGACGUUACAUAUGUAGCACCACUUAGUGUGGAUGAAAGAAAUGGCAAGAGGUUAUGAUCAAUCAU